AUGAUAGAAAACGGUAUCAAGCCUAACAAGAGCACUUUUGUUUCUCUAUUAUCAGCUUGCAGCAUUUCUGGCAUGGUCGAUGAAGGGUGGGAAUACUUUAAUUCAAUGAAAAGAGAUUACGGUAUUGACCCAGGAACAGAGCACUUCGGUUGUAUGCUGGAUCUUAUUGGUCGAUCUGGGAAUCUUGAUCUAGCUAAGCAUUUUAUUGAAGAAAUGCCGCUUGUCCCGACCGCCCGGAUUUGGGGUUCUCUACUAUCUGCAAGUAGAAAAGCCAAUGACAUCGAAUUCGCAGAAGUUGCAUCCAAGCAUGCUUUAUCCCUGGAGCAUGACAAUACAGGGUGUUACAUCUUGCUUUCUAACAUGUAUGCUGAAGCUGGGAGGUGGGCAGAUGUAGAGAAGAUCAAAACACUUAAAAUUCAAGAAGGCAUAGCAAAAACAAUGGGAUGUAGUACAGUUGAGAAAGACUAUAAAGUUCACAGGUUUGUCGAUCAAGACGGGUCGAACGAUCAGGUGAACAUGAUCAAUGACGUGGUGGAUAUCAACACGAAAAUGACAGCGGAAGAUGAAGAUGUUUAUGCUCCUCGUAUUACCGAGUUGAGAAGAACAGAUUUGAGAAGAAAGAAACCAAAUGUACCAGAGAAUCAUAGUGUGAGAUUGGCCAUCUCUUUCGGAUUGAUCUCGACCGAGUUGGGGUCUCCUGUUCUCGUCAGAAAAAACGUUAGAAUUUGCGAGGCUUGCCACAAUUUUGAAAAGAGGGUCUCAAGAUAG